GUCUGCCAUUUACAGUUAUCUGUAAUGGUUAAAUAUUAGAUAGAAUAAAUCUAUUUUUAUUUAUAUAAUUCCUUAUAACCUUUAAUAAUACAAUAUUUCAAAAGAGGAGUUUAGCAUAAAAUUAUUAGUGAUUUAUGGUGAGGAAACAAUAAUAACUUUCAAUCAAAACAAUACAUACAUAAUUUGUCACUGCGAGGUCCAUAUUGGCGAUUUUUGACACACAUCCCAUUUCUGAAAUUUGUAAUAGUGUGAAGACAGCAGGCCUGCGAUGGCCAAUAAUGUAAAACAAAAACUUUUUCUAUAAAAUCUGCAAAAAGUUCAAGGAGGAUGGUCCGAAUAAGAUGUCAUAGUAGAAAGAAAGUAAGACGCUAAAUAUUAAAGUAAUGGAUUUGGGCCCAUGUAAAGACGAUUAUGACACUCCUAUUUUAAUUGAUAGUGGCACUGAAAGCAUAUCUGAAAGCCCUUUAACUGAAGAUCCUGAACAUUCCAAAGAGUCAACUCAGAGUAACAUGAAAAAUGAUUCCUCACUAUCAAAAGUCAAAUUAUCUGAUUCUUUGAUUGACUUCGACGAUGACUUUUGUUACCCAAUAGAAGCGGUCCAAGUUGGAAUUUUCCUUUCAGCUUCAGAUACAUUUAACUCAAAAGCGUCACUGGCUGCUUCUUUGAUUGACAAGUCGUUUUCAAUUGAUGAAGAGGAGCUUUGCACUCCGUUAGAACCAACCCCUGUGGGAGUUUUCCCAUUAUCUCCCUCUGUUUCCCCAUCAAUUUCAACAAAUAGUGAAACAACAUCAGAGGAAGAUGAUGGAAUUGAGGAUAUCACUCAUAUUGAAGAUGUGCGGAAUGAGCUGGAGCCGUGUAACGAAAAAGAGGUUAUCCUCAUGGAAAAGCCCUUUGACAAAGUUCUAAAAAGGCAGGAGUCUCCAAUUGAAGAUGUUGAAGUAAUUGAGGAUGAAAAUGAUGAUCCAGACAGAUCGCCAUUGAUUACGGUUCUCGGCGCGACGAACAUUGAAGCCGGCGAAAAAUAUUCUUUUAAUUCCUUCGACGGGAGUGAUGAUAGUGUAUUGCUGGACACCCCUCGUACUUCUAUCCUCCGGAAGUCUUCUUAUUUCGAUUCCUCAAUUGAGGGAGAUGUUUCCCCAUCCCAACGGCGUGUGUUUUUUCCCAUGGAUCAGUCUCAAUUGGUCACUUAUAAGGAACCAGAAAAGUGCCAUCCGUGGGUUAUAAGUCAGUUUCUACCAUCAGAAAACAUUCUCCAGACUUACCAGAAUUCGUGCAAGAAACAUAAAACAAUCGAAAUUGACGCGAUUAAAUCGCAAAUACAGGAAAUCAAAAAUAACACGAACCAUUCAGCUAUUUUGAAAUUGAGCUCAAUUAAAAUCACGUCUGAAGUAAAUGAAACUCUAGAGGAUAUUUUAAAGAUUACAAAUUUUCAUACUCUUGUGCUACAAGAUUGCCAGUUUACUCCAGAAACUAUAACUGAAUUUCUUAAUAUUUUGGAAUACUACAAAUCGGUUAGCCACUUUGAAGUUGCCAUGAAUUUUGAAGAAGAUGACACAUGGAAAUGUUUCUGUAGCGCUUGCAGCAAUAUCAUGGUACUAGAGUCACUAUCUUUUAAAGGAAUGGUGAUUAGCGAGCUCUACAUGAGACACUUGAUAAAUGCUAUCAAGAACAAUUCCAAUAUCACUACGCUUAAAUUUGAUGGAUGUAUGCUAGUCAAACUUCCCAGUUUUUAUUUAGUUGAAUCCCUUAUGACCAAUAAAACCAUAAGGGAGUUGUACCUUCCUUCUACGGGUUUAUAUACUAAAGAAGCUGACGCUUUACAAAGGUUUCUCGUUAAUAAUACACACCUGAAGGUGUUGGAUAUAAGUAACAAUAAUUUAGGGGAUCGUGGCUUGGAGGUAUUGGCAAAAGGAUUAUGCGUACAGACUGAACCUGGUGUCGGAUUAUCAGUAUUGGUGAUAUUCAACAAUCAAAUUACAGAAAAGAGUGGUCCAGUUAUUAAAAACAUAAUUACGGACGCCAAAAAUCUGCACACCUUAAAUAUAGGUUACAAUCAUUUAACAGACGAAGUACUAAAUUAUAUAGCUGAAGGAUUACCCCAUACUCAGUCGCUAGAGGGGCUGGGUCUUCAAUGCACUUUAUUGACUUGCAAGGGAAUGUUAAUUCUGGCGAACGCCAUUCCAAACAACUCUUCGCUGCAGAAAAUCAAUCUAAAAGGAAACAAAGCGAUCCAAUUGCUCGGAGUCGAGACCCUAUGCAACGCGUUGACGAAUUCGAAAAUAACAAAAAUCGAGAUCGACGAAAACAAUCGUUCUUGCAGUGACCCCGAAGCCUAUUCUCAGCUGGUUAAAAAACUUAACGCGAUAUGUACUGUAAAUAAAAAUUACUCCAACGACAGUGACGAGGAUGAUGAAGUCCUUAACAUUUCCCAAAAGAUCUCAAGAAAGGUUUCGCUGAGCUGUGAACCUAGAUAUGGAGUACCUGACCCAACUAGGACAUUCCAAGUGGGCUCUCCCUUACCUUCACCUGCGUCUAGCCCAGCCCCAAAAAGUCGUUUCCAAAUUGUCAAAGUGCCAGAAAAUGGUACAAUGAGACCGCCCUCAACCGUCCCUGCUAAAAAGUCCAGAUUUCGGGUAACUCGAGUGCCGACAUCGCCAGAUGAUGACGUGGUACUCGGUCGUUUUGCCAAUAUUCGCGGCAGUGUGUCUUCGAAUGAUAGUGUCGAUUCAUUGACAACCAUACCAAUGGAAACCGAUAGUGGGUAGGUUAUUUUCGACGCAAUUUUUCCCGACUGUUCGAGAAAUUUGAGGUUUUUGUGAACACUCGUCACACUGCCGUUGUUUAAUUCUUUUUCUGUACGCCACAUUAGCGGCAACUUUGACACGAGGGUUUGCGUAUUGCGCAUAAAAGCUUUGCGAUACCGGUUGGAGUUGUCUAAUUUUUGGUAUUUCGUUUGUUCUGUGAUAGACUGUUAAUUUCUUAAAGUUAAUUUUUCCGGAGUACAACAGUAAAUGUGAUGUUGUUUAAGACCAUACAUUAGCGUAUGUUUCUGUAAAAACCGAUGAUUUUUUUGUUACGUUUUUUUUUUUUUUUUUCAAAUAGGCCUAAGUAGUUACGAGUCCAGUGACUUACGACCUUAUUUUUUUAUAUUAAUUAUUUAAAGCGAAUACCAUUCUUACAAAUAAGGCGACUAGACAAUAAGGCGUUGUAAAGUAAAGGUUUUUUAAUAAUUGUUGUAUUGUUUACAUAGAUUAUUAUCAUAUUAAUACACUGUACAUCUUUUAGGGAUAUACGAAUCUUAUGCUAUUGAUGCGGUAAGAAGUUCGAAAGUUUUAUUAAAAAUGCCAAUCAUUGACUCAGGGGAUAGUGUUUUUUUGUUUUUUCAUUUUUUAAGUUAGUUAUUGUUAACGCCAAUUCUACAAUACACAUCGGACAGGCCAGUUAAAAAAACACACUAAAUAAUAUACAUUUUCAUGUGCUGUUGGCAAAGUUAAUUUUAUUUGGAAAGUUGUUAAUAACAGGGUAUUAAAUUAAAAAAUAUUAUAUAAUGCUAAACAUAUUUUGAUCUGAUUUAUAUAGUUGGGUUUAUAAAAUGGGUACUUAAAACUUUAACAUGGAGAAUAUAUUUGAGGAAAGUUGAAACCAGUGGCAUUUUAACCAAACCAAUAGUUAUUUAAUGAACAGAGGGUUAAGAUUUAGUGGUUAUAUUGCGAGUAUGAGUAUUGGAAUGUUUGAUCCAAAAAAUGCAAAAAAAAUUAUUAAAAUGUAACAAAUUUAAUCAAACUACUUCUUAUAGGAUUGUCUUCUCAUUUAAUAUCCUGACGAAUGAACGAUAAAAAGAAGUUUCGAAUAGAUUUUUAAUCCGUCUUCCAGUUUUUCCUAAUAGGCAACAGUACUUUCGUAAUUGGAAACCAUUUUAUCUUAAACAAAACUGAAAAAUAUUUUUCUAAAACAAAUUAUAAUUAAAUAAAACAAUAAAAAAAUGUGAUAUCUUUUGGUCACCAAAAUUUCGAUAUUUUUUAGUUGAUAACUUCCGGAGUUCAUAGGGGUGAAAAAUGUGGGGCAAAAUUGUUAACACUUCAACAGUUUUUCUGCGAUCUUAUUUAUCUUUUACCAUAACACUCUUUGUAGAACCAUGAACCCCCUACCACUUAUUGCUAUGUUGAUCCUACUCACGACAUCGCAUUUUUUUCAUAUUUCGCAAUACAAGAAAGAAGGUUGAACAGUAGGUACAAAUUGGCAAACCCACUUCUAUUUUAUAACCGCAUAUCAUCGCACAAACACACUUUCUUGGACUAUCCUGCAAGAAUGACUAAUUAUUAAGAUUAAGCUACUGAGAUACAUAUAACCGUCGCUUAUAUUCAGAAAUCAGAAAAGAGUAACCAUACAAAUUUUUUGAAGCUAUUUUUAAUUGAACAGAUGCUUCCGCUGAUUUUCAUUUUGCCGUUGUUUUAGUUAUUUUUUUAUUACUAGCUGCUUUUAACAAUUAGCCAAAAUUGUUGCUGGUUUAGAUUUGCAUACUGCUUUUGAAAGUCCUCUUAGAGUCAAUUACGGCACUUUUCAGAAGAGAGAAUCGUUUAAAUUUUUUAAUUAGAACGGGCCUUACAAUAUUUUAAGUUUUAGACUUAGUACGUCUUAACUGUAUCAGUAGCUUUUCCCAGAUAAAUAAAAGGAUACUGUUAUUGAUAUAGUUAGGGCAAUUGUUUUAAGUAAUCUAAUCUACCAAAAUUUGUAACUGCUUACAAAGUAGUACCAGUGAUAAUCUAUAAUGUUGAAAUGUUCAACUAAAAGUUUAAUGUAUAUAGACGUUAACCAAUUUAAAGAGGUAUAUUUGUUUUCAACCAACAAUGCUCAUGAAAAUUAAUUUUUCCCAAAAGACAUAUAUGUACCUAUAAAUAUGUACAGUGCGUCCCAGGGCAUGGGGGUCUUGGAAAGUCUGUGAGCUAGGAGGAUAGAACAAAUUUUUCAUUCAUUUUUCCCAAUUUUGAAAUAAAUUGCAUAUAUUUUUGGAAUCCGACCGUCAUCGUAACUCUUACGUUUCCGAAUCCCCAAACAGGCAAUAUUAUUUCUUAGACGCACUAUAUAUACAGCAUGUCCAUCAUUUAAGGGUUCCGUUUUACAUUACAUAUUUGUAUAACAGCAAAUAUUGGAUAGUGUUAAUAAUUAAAUAUAUUUUUAUAUUAAUGUUGUUAGGUUAAUACUGGGGUUAUUGUUAGCUUAGAGAGUUAGCGUAUAUAUAGUGAUUUUUGGUACAAACUUAUUUGUAUAGCCCGUAAUAUACUUAACAGCGAUAUUUUGUUGAAACUUCGCAUGCACUCACUUGCAUUUUUGUUACUUAGUUUAAUGUUUAUAUUUCUUGUGUAUGUGAUAAAAUGGAUGUGAUACUGUAUGAUACCGUUUAAGAGUAUUUUAAUAUGUAGAUAACCACUGCAGUAGAUUACCUGUCUUUAUAAUUAAAAUGUAUGUUUCUUCUAA